AGAGCGCGGCCAGAGGCGGUGCGGGCGCGCGGCGAGCAGGGGCCGGGCCCAGGCGAGCGCCGCGCGGGCCACCAUGGCCACGGACGAGCUGGCCAGCAAGCUGAGCCGGCGGCUGCAGAUGGAGGGCGAGGGCGGCACCGAGGCCCCGGAGCAGCCCGGGCUGAAUGGGGCGGCGGCGGCGGCGGCGGCGGCCGGGGCGCCUGACGAGGCGGCCGAGGCGCUGGGCAGCGCGGACGACGAGCUGAGCGCCAAGCUGCUGCGGCGCGCCGACCUCAACCAGGGCAUCGGCGAGCCCCAGUCGCCCAGCCGCCGCGUCUUCAACCCCUACACCGAGUUCAAGGAGUUCUCCAGGAAGCAGAUCAAGGACAUGGAGAAGAUGUUCAAGCAGUACGACGCCGGCCGGGACGGCUUCAUUGACCUGAUGGAGCUGAAGCUGAUGAUGGAGAAGCUCGGAGCCCCGCAGACCCACCUGGGCCUGAAAAACAUGAUCAAGGAGGUGGACGAGGACUUUGACAGCAAGCUCAGCUUCCGGGAGUUCCUCCUGAUUUUCCGCAAGGCGGCGGCCGGGGAGUUACAGGAGGACAGCGGGCUGCACGUGCUCGCCCGCCUCUCCGAGAUCGACGUCUCCACUGAGGGCGUCAAGGGGGCCAAGAGCUUCUUCGAGGCCAAGGUCCAGGCCAUCAACGUGUCCAGCCGCUUCGAGGAGGAGAUCAAGGCGGAGCAGGAGGAAAGGAAGAAGCAGGCGGAGGAGAUGAAGCAGCGGAAGGCGGCCUUCAAGGAGCUGCAGUCCACCUUCAAGUAGCGAGGGGCUGCGGCCUGACCGCUGGCCCCGGCACCCCCGGCGCCCGGUCUGGCCCGCAGGGGCAGCCGACCGGAGGCCAAGCCUGAAUCCCGGGCUCUGUCUGAAGGGACCAUACUUAAAACCUAAAAAGUCUGUGAACGGAGCCAGCGGAGGGGUGUCCGAGGCGGCCCUGUGCAACCCCCUCCUCCCCGCUCCCCUCCGCUGCUCCCGAGGCCGUGACCCCAGUGCUGGCUCCUUGCCUGGCCCAGCCCUCCCAGGCCAUUCCUGCGUGUCUGUCACCCCCAGCUGCCCCUCUGCCUGCUCCGAGCCUGGCUCCCGGUCGUGGGGUGCUCCCUGCCCCGGGUGCCUGCCCUCCACCCGCUCUCCUCCCCUCUUCCCAGAGGCCCCCCCCCCCCCGCUCUUAACCUGCAGGCACACCGCUCCCGGGGCCCUUCAAGCCACUUCCUAGACUCGGGGAGGACAGGUAGCAAGAAUCGGGCGGCUCCCACGCUGCCCAGAGCUCGACCUGAUGGGCCGAUCAGAGGCAGGAGGGCUCCCCCCCACCCCACCCCCCGACAGCUGUUCCCCAGCCCCUGCCUCCUCUCUGCCAGAGGGGAGGGCACUUCUCUUUCAGCGAAGGGACCCAGGCCCUGGCACCCCAUGCUCGCCCAGCCAGGCGGGGUGAGGGGGCGGCUGUGCCCAUCUACCUCACGGGCCCACACUCUGCUGGCCACGCCAUGGAUCGUGGGCAGGAAAGGCUCUGGGGGCAGAAACGCCAUCCCCUAGUCCCCCUGGAACAGCCAGAGGGUCCCAGGGGCUCUGGAGAGAGCAGGGUGGGGAGGAGGGACUGGCCCCUUCACUGGGAGGGAGACUAGUGCUGGGGUCCCUUCUCCAGCAAGCGUCCAAGAAGUGCUUUAAGUGGUUUGCACGGACCCAGCAGCCAGGAGCAGGGGUCUCGUUUGACCCUUCCACGCCAUCCUUCCCCAAGCGAUGUGCACCACCUUGUCACCAGCGAUGGGACCCGUCCCACCCACCCCCUGAGGAAGCAUGGGGACCCCAGCCCUCCAUGUGCCCAUCCCCCGAUGGGCUGCGGCCAAGCCUGGGCCACCAGCCCGGUCCUGCCCAGCCCCCGGUGCGCUCACUUCCGUGUGUGCGUGUCCGUGUGUGCGUGUCCGUGUCUGUUGCCGUGUCGUGAAACUGUGCCCGUCACCCAGUCCAAACAAGUGAACGGCCGUCGAGGCCACGGUUAUGCAACUUUCGGUGUGUGUCAUGACGUCACUGCUUUUUAAACACGAUAACUCUUUAUUUUGGUAAAAUGCCUCUAAGAGUCCACAAAACCCCUGUUGGAUUUGCAGAGGUUUUAUUUUUUUGGCCUUAGAAUCUGCAGAAAUUAGGAGGUACUGACCCCAGUGCGGCAGCCUUGGCCCGGAAUUGCGUUUGCCUUAGCGGAUAUGUUUAUACAGAUGAAUAUAAAAAGUUCUUUCUCUUUGGCUUCUCGCUUUUUUUUU